AUGGUGGAUUUUAAUGAUAUGAUUAUUGUACUAAAUGAAAGACUAUUUGAAAAACAUGAAAGAUUAGAUUGCUAUCAUUUUUUAAGAAUAUUACGUAAUGUUCUUGUUAAACUUGACUCUGAAACUAGAAAUAAAUAUUUUUCUCCAUUUUAUUUAAUUAUUGAAUCUAUAAUUAAAUUAGAUAAUAUUUCAUUGGCAAUGCUAUUAACUUUUUAUUAUAAAGGUUCUACUCCAAUUUCAUUAAAUACAUUGAAAAGUAAAAAUGGUUUUGGAACACAAAUUGAAAUGAAUAAUAUUAUGAAAAAAUUUUUAAAGAAAGGUUUAGCUUUUGUGGUACAAAGUGAAGAUAUUACUUUAAUUAGUAUUCUUGAAAUGUUAACAAUAAAAGAACUUAAUACAUUACAUAAAAAAUUUUGUAAAACAAAAAUGAAGUUUACUAGAUUAGAAAUAUCUAAUGAUAUUAUUAAUAUAGGUAAACAACGUAAUUUAAUGGGUAAAAAUGUUGGUGUUGAAAUAAAAAAUUGUGCUAUUGAUAUUUUAUCGGGUAUUUAUAAAUUUAAUCCUAGUGUUCAUAAGCUUAUAAGUGCAAUUAUUGCAUUACAUUAUCCUGAUUUAAUGGAUAUAAGAAAUGAAAUUGGUAAUAAUGAUGAUUCAAUUAUGGGUAAAAUUGUCUUGCAAUUUUUGUCAAGAUCAUCACAAAUGCUUAACAAUAUUAUGGAUAAUUCAGAUGUUGUUAUUAUUAAAUUAUACUAUAAUUUUAUUGAUAUCAUAGAAUAUGUUGAUGCUAUAGAAAUGUUAAGAAAAAUUCAAUUAACUGAUGAUGUAAAGUCAGAAACUUUUAUUAGUAUUCUUAAAUACGCUGGAAAUGCUAUCAUAGAAGAUUCAGAAAAAAUUUUAAAAUGGUUAAGUGAAAAUGUACCUAUUAGACUUUUACAAUACACAAGAGUUUCAAUUGUUUGUUCUAUUUUUUAUGUUGCUGCUGAGAAAUUUGUCAAAGUCAAAGAAUAUAAAAUUGCUGAAAGUUUAUAUCAAUACAUAACAGAAGACAAAAACUUAAUACCAUUUAUUGGUUCAAAAAAAUACUCUGAAUAUUGGAUUAGAAGAUGUAUUAACAUUAAACAUAAUGGUAAUAUGAAUUUUCAAAAAGAAUUUUAUAAAAAUGCAUCAUAUUUUAGUAAAUAUUUUUUGGAAGCUACAAAAAUUGAAAUUGAUGAAAGAGAAUCUAAAUUGAUUGAUGAUAAGAUUAAUGUUAUGUUUACUUAUGAAAAUGAAGAAAUUUCUUUACCUAUCUUAAAAAAAACUGGAAGUAGUGGUGUUAAAAAUCAGUUUUUUUUAACUAAAAAUGAUAAUAUAUAUUUAGUCAAUGUUGAAAAAGCAGUUUUGGAACAUUAUAUGUCCACGAAUAAGUACACUCAUGGAGGACAUUUUGAAAAUAAAAUUUGGAUUGAAACAUUUUAUUUAAUUUUUGCUGAUAUUGUUUAUAAACAAAUUGAUUCAAAUAUUCCUUAUAAUCAUGAAUUUGUUAAAAUACACCCAUUAUUAGGAAGUAAAGAGUUUGUUAAAGAAAAUUUAGUAUAUAUAAGUAACAGAUAUAAUACUUUUGUAUUUGGUACCUCUAGAGAUCAGUAUAAAAUUGUUAAGAGAAAUAUGAAACUUUUUUGGCAUUUAAAAGAUACAGAUGAUGACUGUAUUAUUUUUAAAAAACCAAGUGAUUUUUUUGAAUUUAUUAAUUGUAUGAAUAUUCAAAAUCUAACACUUUUAUGUAUAAAUCAAAUGAGUUUUAAAAGAGGACUAUUUUCUGGAUAUCCAGAUUUGGUAUUAUGGAAUGUAGAAACACGCGAUAUUUCUUGUUUUGAAGUUAAAGGACCAGGUGACACAUUAACAUGCAAACAAAAAUUGGCUAUUAAAAUUCUUAAUACUUUCUUAUGUAUUCCUUGCAAAUGUAUAAAUGUUAAAGCUCAAUCACAAAAUCCUUCAUUUCCAAUUAUCACUUAA